AUGGCUGUUCCUAAGAUGAGGAGAAUUUACGCUGUCGCAAUCGUCGUGGUUGGAGCAUGGGCCGUUUCCCAGCUUCUCAUCGCUACCUUCACCUGUAUACCCGUCGAAGGGUUCUGGGACAAGACCAUCAAGGCAUAUUGCAUCCCUAACCAGCCGCAGUGGUAUGUGAAUGCGGCGGGAAAUAUUGCCACCGAUGUCGCCGUCUUUGCACUUCCUCUGCCCAUAUUUUGGCAUCUUAGUCUUCCCAGGAAGCAGAAGCUGCUCCUCAUGGGGAUAUUCAGCCUCGGAUUCUUUACUGUGGCCGUCUCUAUUGUCCGCACCAAAUAUCUCAGCAUCCAACAGGACUUCACCUGGACAAAUGUUGAAGCUUCUCUCUGGUCGCUUGGAGAGAUAUCUUCGGCCGUUACCUGCGCCUGCCUUCCGACUCUGCGACCCCUCAUGACCAAACUGUUCCCGAGGAUGAUGGCUAGGGUGAACUACUCCUUGCACUCGGACACUCGUGGCACCCGCGAUACCCGUGGCACAUUCCCCACGAGUGCAUAUCCACCAGCCAUCGUCAAGCCCGACGUGGAGAUGGCCACCACGGAGUCGGCUGUCUCAAGCGCGCGGUCGAGCCACGCGAAGGAAGACAAGUCCGCCACCCACGUGUCGCCUUAUUCAAACCAACACCAGACCGCUUCGACCGAAAGCAUCUUUGGUUUGGCAAGUCCCCACGAGCCCCAGACCGACAUGGUCCCCUUCUUCCAGCAAAGGAUCUCAGGGCCGAAGAGAGAUACGCAGAAAUGGCUCUGUGAUCUGACAUGA